AGUUUACAACCAAGUCAGACUCAACUUUACAACACUGACAAGGCUGUGAUUUGCAAUGUGCGCUGUCACUCGUUUUUUUUAAUGGAAAAAUCGGGAAAAACUUUCGAAGGUAAAUCUGUGCAGUAAUUUGACUUUAGCCAGGUAAACGUUUAACUUUUUUUUAUUUSUGUUUCUUUUUUUCGUGUGGAAAAGUUACAGAUACAGUGGAGUAGAUAUGCGCGUUGCAAUAUUUUACAGUGUGUUCUUCCGAAACAUCAGAAAGAAGUGUACUGUUUGUGGUGAUUGUGAUAGCUAACCCUACUGUUGGGAGAACAUAACUUUACUUUUGGACUCACUUUGAUUUAACUUUCGAUGAUCGACGUUUCGAGUUUCGCUCCCCGAAAAACUAGAUUUUUGGUUCUUUGAGUUGAAUCUUUUUAUACAUAUUUUUUUUUUCCUUCUCGGGCAAAUACUUUUUGGAUAGUUUUUGUUGUUGGAAUAAACAUGGAUCCGAGCCAGCACAACCCCCCGGCCGGUCACCAGAUAAUCCACGUCCGGGGAGACUCGGAGACGGAUCUGGAGACCCUUUUCAACGCUGUUAUGAACCCGAAAAAUACCAGCGUCCCCCCCUCCGUCCCAAUGAGGAUGAGAAAGCUUCCAGAUUCCUUCUUCAAACCGCCAGAGCCAAAGUCCCACUCCAGACAAACCAGCACAGACGCAGGUACGGCUGGUGCCAUCGCCCCCACCACGUGGCGUGCCCACUCGUCCCCUGCCUCCCUACAGCUAGGGGCAGUGGUCUCCCCUGUUGGGCAUGGUCCUGCGGCGCCCCCCCAUCCACCUCCGACAGUCGUCCUAUGAGAUCCCAGAUGACAUGCCCCUGCCCCCGGGCUGGGAGAUGGCCAAGACACCCUCUGGACAGAGAUACUU